AUGGUCGGCCCUCCGCCCCUAAAAGGCGUCAAAGUCCUCGAGUUCGCCGGCCUCGCACCGGGUCCCUUUGCAGGCAUGCUUCUUUCCGACGCAGGCGCUUCCGUCCUGCGCGUCGACCGCGCCUCCGUCGCCGUGGACUUGAAAUCGCCCGCCGGCCUCGCCUUUGUCAAACGUCUCGCCGAAAGGGCAGACGUGCUCAUCGACCCCUUCCGCCCGGGUGUGCUAGAGAAGCUGGGGCUGGGGCCCGAGGUCCUAGAAAAGGCAAACCGGGGCCUGAUUUACGGCCGCAUGACGGGGUUCCGAAGGGACGGGCGGUAUAAAGACAUGGCGGGCCACGAUAUCAAUUACCUCGCCGUGUCCGGGGCGCUGAGCAUGCUCGGCCGGGACGGGGAGAAGCCGCACCCGCCGUGGAACAUUUUGGCCGACUUCGCUGGCGGCGGGGCGAUGAACAUGCUCGACGGCGGGUGCCCGUAUUACGAUACGUACGAGACAAAGGACGGCAAGUACUUUGCGGUCGGGGCGCUGGAGCCGCAGUUCUUUGCGGCGUUUAUCAAGGGGCUCGGGUUGGCGGGGCAGGGGUGGGAGGAGGAGAGGUUCGAUCGGGCGAGGUGGGGGGAGCUGCGGGAGUUGUUCACCAAGAUCUUUAAGAGUCGGACGAGAGAGGAGUGGGAGAAGGUUUUUGACGGGACGGACGCGUGUUGUACGCCCGUGUUGGAGUAUCGCGAGCUCGAGACGGAGCCGGCGAGGGAAGGGGACCAGAGGCCGGCGGUGACGUUGGUGGAGACGCCGUGUUUGGCUGUGGCGGCUGGCGAGGAUGGGGAUCCGAGACGGGGGCAGGGGCCUGGUGUUGAGGGGGGAGGGUACGUCGGCGUUCCGCUUACGCCUGGCGAUGGUGGUGAGAAGGCGCUCGAGGAGUGGCUUGGUUGGAAGAAGGGGAGAGAGUUUGAGGUUAGGGAGGGGACGUGGGUGCUUAAAGAGAAGUCUAGGCUAUGA